AUGGCCCCUAACGAACCUCUCUCACCAAAGGUCGAUGUCAACAACCUGACGUUCGCGUUCCCGGAUGGAAGCACUGGUCUGCAAAAGGUCGCGUUGGAGCUGCCCGCGAACAGCAGGACCCUGUUGAUCGGCGCCAAUGGAGCUGGAAAGACUACUCUGCUUAGACUUCUGUCUGGAAAGCGCAUGGCACCAAAGGGAACUGUUAGCAUUGCAGGAAUCGAUCCCUUUGCUGAAGGUCUCGAGGGUGUGACGUAUUUGGGCAUGGAAUGGACUUUGAACUCUAUCACCCGUACUGAUAUCGAUGUACCGACACUCCUGGCAUCAGUAGGUGGCGAUGCCUACCCUGAGCGAAGGGACGAACUGGUCAAGAUUCUGGACGUGGACUUGAAAUGGCGCCUCCAUGCAGUUUCCGACGGCGAGAGAAGACGUGUUCAGCUGUGUAUGGGUCUGAUCAGACCAUGGACUGUCCUUUUGCUGGAUGAAAUUACCGUUGAUCUGGAUCUGCUCUCUCGCUACAACUUCUUGCAGUUCCUCAAGAGAGAGACCGAGGCUCGUCCUUGUACCAUUGUUUACGCAACACAUAUUUUGGACAACCUGGCUGACUGGCCUACGCAUUUGGUCCACAUGUCUCUCGGAAAGGUCAGACAAUGGGGACCCAUGGAGUCUUUCGAUGUUCAAGGUGUCCAAGGUGGCCGUACCGGUAACAGUCUUUUGGGAGAGCUUGUACUCGAGUGGCUGCGUGAGGACCUUGCAGAACGUGGCCCUCGUAACGGCCAAAAAUCAGAAGGCGCGACAUACGAUUCACACGAAGGAAAAGGUGGAUACGGUCAACUCAAGGCUCCUCCCCGCGAUGCUUAG